AUGAUUUUUCUUUUUUAAUUUUUUCUUUUAUCGUCUUUGGCAUUUUGAUUAAAUAAAAAGAAAUAAAUAAUAAAUAAAAUAAUUGAAGGUUACAAAUUUAUUUAUUUUAUAUUAUUAUUAUAUAUAUAUUUUUUUUUUUAUUUAAAAAACGAACUUAUUCGAAUCGCCGGCGAUUCCACUUAAUUUUUUUUUUAUUUUAACAUAAAACUAAACACUAAAAUUAAAUUAAAAAAAAAAUGAGUAAAUUACAUGAGAAAUUAUUUUCAUUUUUCCUUUUUUUGUUCAUAUUAAUGCCAUUCUAUGUGUCAGCAUUACCAGAUGGAGCUGAUACUUGUAAUGUAGAAGACAUGUCUACCAAGGGACAUGGAGCUAGCUCGUUAAAAAGUCCGGGGGGUUAUACGAUUACUACGAACAUGAAAUCUCAAGGAAAAUUUGAUUUAACAAUUAAUGGACCUGGCAAUGGCGUUGAAGGACUUUUGGUUUACGUUUUAGAUAAGGAUAAUAAGAGAGUAGGUUUAUUUGAAAAUUUACCUGACUAUGUAAAAUUUAAAGAAUGUGGAGUACCAUCUACUACUAUUACUCAUAAAAAUAGUAAUGUAAAAAAUUUCCCAAUUACAUUGAGUUGGAAUGCUCAAGGAGCAACUGGUAGUGUAACAGUUAAAACUUUGGUUGUAAAGAAUUUCAGUAAUUGGGCCAGAUUAGAUGAUGUUAGUCUUGAUUCUGUUAGUGGAACUAGUAGUACUGUUGCUGCAAGCAAUGAUGGUGGAGCACAAACUGCAUCUGAUGGAUUCUUACAAAAAUAUACGUUAUUUAUAAUUAUGAUCGGUUUAACUACUCUUUUAUAUAUAGUAGGAAGCGUUGCUGAAUCUAUGUUGAAAAGACAACAAGUUAAAUCUAGAUCUUUUGCUAAAACUAUUCAAAAUGGGUAUGGCGAUUCAAGAUAAUUUUUUUUAUUAUUAUUAUUUUCGCGUACGAACUUUAUUCAUCUCUCACAGUUUAAAAAAAAAAAAAAUUAUAUAUAUAUUUAUAUAUUUAUUAUACUUGUAUAGAUAGGUGGUUCAUCUAAUUUUUAAAUCGCUAAGAGUGAUCAUUUAUUUAAUUAUUUUUUUUUUAUUGCUUAAUUUUUUUUUUAUAAAAAUAAAUAUAUAUUUUGAUUCAUUUUUGUUG